AGUGCGCGCCGGGGUGCGCGCCCGUUCUGUGCGCGUGUGCGCGCCCCGAGGCCAGCCCCGGGGGGCGCGGAGCGCGGCGAAGGGCGUGAGGAAGCAGUGGUGGCCCCGCGGACUCGCGGGGAGCGAGGGCGGGGCUUGUGCCGGGCCCUUGCCCCGCCCACCGGCCCCGCCUGCCGUGCUUGGGGAGGGAGGAGGCGGCGCUGGGAGCCGGGAGUCGGCGGGCGGCGAGAAGCACGGAGCCGGAGCCGGACGCCGCCGCCGCAGCCACCUGCGCGGCAGUCAUCAAGAUGUCAUGGCACCCCCAGUACCGGAGCUCCAAGUUCCGCCAUGUCUUUGGCAAACCAGCCAGCAAGGAGAACUGCUACGACUCCGUGCCCAUCACCCGCAGCGUCCACGACAAUCAUUUCUGUGCUGUGAACCCCCACUUCAUUGCAGUCGUGACUGAGUGUGCUGGUGGGGGGGCCUUCCUCGUCAUCCCCUUGCACCAGACGGGAAAGUUGGACCCCCACUACCCGAAGGUCUGCGGGCACAGAGGGAACGUCUUAGACGUCAAAUGGAACCCUUUCAAUGAUUUUGAGAUCGCCUCCUGUUCUGAAGAUGCCACGAUUAAAAUCUGGGACAUUCCCAAGCAGCUGCUGGCAAAGAACCUCACAGCCUUCAAGAAGGAGCUGGUGGGCCAUGCCCGCAGAGUGGGCCUGGUGGAGUGGCACCCCACAGCUGCCAGUAUCCUCUUCAGCUCCGGCUAUGACUACAAGCCCGAAGAUGCGCGCGGCUGGCGCAGCCCGGAGCACGGCGACCCCGUGGCUGAGCUCUUCGGUCGCCGCUGCCGCCGCUGCGUGUGCGCGCUUUGCCGGGUGCUGGGCUCGCACCGCGGCCACCCGGUUGGUCUGGCGCUGGAGGAGGCGGCGCGCGUGCAGAAACUCACCCAAGAAUGUUUGAAGAAUUUGACAACCAAGAAGCAGCAGCAAGUUGGCAACAUAACCCAACAAGAUGCUGCUGAGAAGCUCAAGGCUCAUGCAGAGUCAAGUAAAACCUGGCUGACAAGGAAAUUUACUGAACUCAGAUUACUACUUGAUGAAGAGGAAGCUCUGACCAAGAAAUUCAUUGAGAAAAACACGCAGCUUGCCCUGCAGGCGUACAGGGAGCAAAUCGAGUCUUGUGGGGAGCAAAUCGAUGUCAUGAACAAUCUCUCCAACAGGGUCUGGAAUAUCAGCCAGGAACCCAGUCCUGUACAGCUGCUGCAAGCGUGCACGGCUGCUGAGCAGCAGAUGCAGCAGCAGAUGAGCCUGGGGGAGUCGUGCCACUCCGUGCCCCACUCCUUUGAGCCCGGCAAGAGCUUCUUUAAGGGCCUUGUGGAAGCCAUGCAGAGCCCGCUACAGACGCCACUGGACGUCCGCCUUAAGGCGAACGAGAACUGCCAGCUCUCGGGCUCCUCCGGCGCCCAGCCGGGUUCCCUGUUGAAAACAAGCCCCUCACCAGAGCGAUCACUCUUCUUAAAACACGCGCGCACGCCCACGCUGGAGCGAGACGUGCUACACGCACGCUUGCGCCUCUCGGCAGACCGCCCGAAGGUGCGUUGCGGCCACCUCGGCGGGCUGGGUCUCAAGCCCGCGCUGCAUUUCGACGCGCUGUGGCAGGUGCUGGGCCGCGACUGCUUCGACGCCGGCAGCCACUACUGGGAAGUGGACGUGCAGGAGGCGGGCGUCGGCUGGUGGGUGGGCGCGGCCUACGGCUCCCUGCGGCGCCGCGGGGCCUCGGCCGCCGCCCGCUUGGGCUGCAACCGCCAGUCCUGGUCCCUCGAACUAUAUGACCUCGAGUACUGGGCCUUCCACGACGGCCAGCGCAGCCGUCUGCGGCCCCGCGACGACCCCGACCGGCUCGGGGUUUUCCUGGACUAAGAGGUCGGCGUCUUCACUUUUUACGACGUGACGGGCGGCAUGACCCACCAGCACACCUUCCGUGCCGCCUUCCAGGAGCUGCUCUACCCGGCCCUGCGGCUCUGGGAAGGGGCCAUCAGCAUCUCCCGACUGCCCUAGGGGCCGACACCUGAGUGGCCACCCUAGGCUCUCUGCAGGUCUGGUCUCACCCGAUCCAGACGAUCCAGACGUGGCUGGUCUACUGCCGCCUCUUUCGUCUUUGCCAGGGAGAAGGGGACAGUGAUGAUGGCCUGGUGGAGACACAGCCUAGCAGAGGGCACACAGAGGUGGCCCAGCGCAGCCAGGGCAUGGUGGGCAGGAGUCCAUACCAUGAGGAGAGGACAGGCUGCCCAAGAAGCCAAGCUGCAUACGAGGUGGGACGGGAGAAGUGAAAGGGAGUAAACAGGAGCCAGAAAUGGAUGCUGUCACACUCCAGCUCCUAGCACGUCAAUUUUAUGGAUUCUCUGACCAGGACCUUCUUGCCCACCAGAUUGAAGAUGUCUUCAGGAGGGUAGCCUUUGGGCUCACCCACCUUCACAGUGAGCAUGUCCAGUGUUAGAAUGGUGCCUUCCGGAAUUUUCACUUUGGCCACCACAGACUUGCCC